CAGAGCAGAAUAGAGUAGGGGGAGUGGGAGAAGUGGAGGCACUGGGAAGAUUGCGUGAAAAGAGUGCAGGCCAGAGAGGGAGACAAAAGAGGCUGCGGCUGUAUUGAGUGAGUUGGUGGUGUGUCCGUCUACGAAGCCACAAGCUAUAACCGCAUCCUCUUCUUCCUCCCCCAACACCACCUCCUCAUUCUGGCCUUUACGUUUCAGACGGAGAAACACAUAUCGAAGAAGGAGACAAUUAGAAAACACCGAAUCGUUGGAAGCGGAGUUGAGGACUUGGGAAGAGAGUUCCCUGUGUCCGGGUUUCUCUCCUCUCCCCCGGUCCUGUACUGCGCGUUGAGCGCGGCGCGGCGUGGCGUGGCGUGGGGCUGGAGAUAUAACCCAGAACAAAGGAGUCUUGAGCAGGAGAAGGAACGAGUCGAGACUAGCUCUGCCAUUAUCUCUGAAACCCGGCCAGAUGCCUCUCUGAGAGCCACAGCAGUACAUUGGCUUGCUGUUGUAUUUAUCGACGAAGAUUUCAGUCCGAAGACGGAGACAAAAUAGGAAGGAGGAAUUAAAAAAAAAAAAAAAAAAAAAAAAAAAACACGCACCAGGAGAGACGCAAGUCGGCGGCUACAAUGUUUCCUCAAAACCGACCACCGGCGCCUCUUCAGGCACCCCCGGGGUCUUCAGCCUCAGUGGUGGUGGCUGCAGCGGCGGCAGCAGCAGCAGCUGCCUCAGGAACUCCCCAGUCGCUGAAACUAACCUAUCCAGAAACUCUGGACCGCAUCAAGGAGGAGUUUCAGUUCCUACAGACACAGUAUCACAGUUUGAAACUGGAGUGUGAGAAACUGGCCACGGAGAAGACCGAGAUCCAAAGACACUACGUUAUGUAUUAUGAAAUGUCCUACGGCCUUAACAUUGAAAUGCACAAACAGACAGAGAUUGCCAAGCGCUUGAACGUGAUCUGCGCUCAGCUCAUCCCCUUCCUGUCGCAGGAGCACCAGCAGCAGGUGGUCCAGGCCAUGGAGCGCGCCAAACAGGUGACCAUGGGGGAGCUAAAUGCUUCGAUAGGGGUACGUGGGCUCCCCCCUCUGCCUCAGAGCCAGCAGCUUCAGGCUCAGCACCUCUCCCAGCAUGCCCAGGGUUUGUCAGUCGGCCCACACCCAUCAGGACUGCCCCAUCCAAGCCUGGCGCUCGGCGGAGGGUCCGGCCUGCUCGCCCUGUCCGGGGCUUUGGGGGCCCAACUUGCUGCCAAAGAUGAAAGGGCGCACCUUGAGGCGGCCGCAGCCGCGGCAGCCUCGGCUGCUGCAGCAGAGCACCACAGAGACCGGGAACCCGGACCAAGCUCCCUGUCCAACGGGGAUAAGAGUCGUCCAACAGACUACCUGAGCAACGGCAAGAAGAGGAAAGCUGAAGAGAAGGAGUUCAUGACGGACUAUGGCAGCGAUGCGGAUAAGAGCGAUGAUAAUUUGGUGGUGGAUGAGGACCCAUCCUCCCCCCGCAGCGUGCAGUCCUACUCGUCAAGGGAGAAUGGUUUAGACAAGAUUCCCCCAUCCCGGAAGGAGGGGCCCCCACAGGCCAGCCCCACCUCCCUGGCAUCAUCAAGCAGCGCUACCUCCCCCUCUCGAGGCAAAGAGCCCCCACAGAGAGAGAAAUCCAGCACUCCAGGUAUGAAGCCGGGAACCCCCAUGUCUCAGGAGUCAAACACCCCAGGACCAAGUGGCCCGCCACAGUUCAGACCUGUGCCAGGAAAGCCCGGUGUAGAUCCUCUUGCUCUGGGUCUGAGGAAUCCCCUGGCGGUGCAGGGGGCCUACCCUCCGGGGGCUUUUGGCCUGCCUCCUCCAGGGGUGAACGGAGAUCUGCCCGGGGCUGCAGGCUACGGUGCCGGCCUUCACUUGGUCUCCCCCCAGAUGAACGGAGCUGCGGCGGCAGCAGCGGCUGCAGCUGCUGCAGGCUACGGACGGUCCCCUGUGGUGGGCUAUGAGUCUCCGCACCCACAUAUGAGGGUCCCUGGGCUUCCUGCCAGCCUGCAGUCAGCCUCCGGAAAACCCGCCUACUCGUUUCACGUGAGCGCUGAUGGCCAGAUGCAGCCGGUGCCGUUCCCCCCGGACGCCCUGCUGGGCCCGGGGAUCCCGCGUCACGCUCGUCAGAUCCACACACUGAGCCACGGAGAGGUGGUGUGCGCCGUCACAAUCAGCACCUCCACACGCCACGUCUACACCGGAGGCAAGGGCUGCGUCAAGGUGUGGGACAUCAGCCAGCCGGGCAGCAAGAGCCCCAUGGCCCAGCUGGACUGCCUGAACAGGGAUAACUACAUCCGCUCCUGCAAGCUUCUGUCAGACGGUCGGACCCUGAUCGUUGGAGGCGAGGCCAGCACGCUAUCGAUCUGGGAUUUGGCCACGCCCACCCCGCGCAUCAAGGCGGAGCUGACGUCGUCCGCGCCCGCCUGCUACGCUCUGGCCAUCUCCCCCGACAACAAGGUCUGCUUCUCCUGCUGCAGCGACGGCAACAUCGUCGUCUGGGACCUGCACAACCAAACAUUGGUCAGGCAGUUCCAGGGCCACACGGACGGGGCCAGCUGCAUCGACAUCUCCAACGACGGCACCAAGCUCUGGACCGGAGGGCUGGACAACACGGUCCGCUGCUGGGACCUGCGGGAGGGACGGCAGCUGCAGCAGCACGACUUCACCUCACAGAUCUUCUCCCUGGGCUACUGUCCAACAGGCGAGUGGCUGGCUGUGGGGAUGGAGAGCAGCAAUGUGGAAGUCCUGCAUGUCUCCAAACCCGACAAGUACCAGCUGCACCUCCACGAGAGCUGCGUCCUCUCCCUCAAGUUCGCCUACUGCGGUAAAUGGUUUGUGAGCACAGGGAAAGAUAACCUCCUGAAUGCAUGGCGGACACCCUACGGAUCCAGCAUAUUCCAGUCUAAGGAGUCUUCGUCAGUUCUCAGCUGCGACAUCUCACCUGAUGACCAGUUCAUCGUCACGGGCUCUGGGGACAAAAAGGCCACAGUCUAUGAAGUAAUCUACUGAUCGCUGAUUGGCUCCUUACUGAAAGCUAAAAAUCCCAGGGGCCAAGCCGAGGCUCCUUCCUGCACCAGUGACUGUACAGAGUGUCGGCGGUGGGUGGGAGGAAAGAGACACUCAACUCGUUGUUUUGUCCGCGUUUGUGAGAAAUGAGCGAGAGGGAAGCAAGGAGACGCCAAGUCACAUCUCUGGAAAAUAAACUUUGGUGUUAAAUGCUCUGAGAAAGCUGGUUAGUCUAUAGCUGCGCUAAUGUGGGAUUCCUCCAAAGAACUUUUCGUUUUUGUUUCUUUUUUUUUAAACAAAAGAAAACCUCUUUAGUGCAAAAGAAAUUAGAAAACAUCUCUUUUUUUACCUUUUGGAUUAAUUGCAAACAGUUGAACUGAUUUGAAUCGAGGAGGUUUAACUAGAGCUCUCCUGAUGUGCUGCUGUGCAAGUCCAAGCCUGAUUCAUCCUGGCCCCGUUCCGCCUGUUGUGGGUUCUGUUCGGCACACAGCAAACCAUCCUGCUUGGCAGAUGUGGGGGUGGUCUACUGAGGUUCCAGAUGCUCUUGUUUUCCUUCUUUUUAAUUUCAGCAUCAUGAUUGUAACAUUUGUUGUGCAUAUGUGACAGAACAGGGCUUAGUUGGUAUCAUUUGCUUAAAAAUGGGGGAAAACAACCUCAAACACAAGACAAAAACUCUGAAGUCAGCUCAAACAACACGUUCUCUUGUGUUUCAGGAUAAACACGUCUUCUUUAACUCAGUAUUUCAUGUUCUUCUGUUGUAUUUGUUAUGGCACAUACAGACAGACCGACCGGUAUUUUCAUAGCUACCAUUCUGAACCCUGAACCUUGCUAUAUAUGAACAUGUAAAUAAAGGUCUCUAAAGGCAAA